CUCGCUCCGGCUCUCGGCGCAGGUUGCGGGCGCCAGAGGAGACCCUCCGCGGGGAGAAAACCUCGGGAGAAGGAGGAGGGUUUGGCGGAGAAGAAGCCACACCCUGGCUGUCGCGGCUCCCCCUACCUAUUCCACUGCUCCCUUCCCAAGCGGAAAGGGGAGGACGAGGAAGAAGAGAAAAAGAAGAGAAGGGGGUGGGGUGGGAGAACUGGAUAUAAAGAUCGGCUGGGGGGAUGGUGGAAGAUUUUUGGUCUCUCCAGCAGCGUCUUUUCUUGAGCGGCGGCGGCAGCAGCAGCGGCAGCGGCGGCAGCAGCAGCGGGAGGAGAAGCAGCCCCAGCUAUGACUGCCGCAUGUUAAUAGCUGCCGCUUGGGUCUGUCGGCCGCUGCUGGAGACGGAGCCCGACUCCGAAGUUGUGCAACUGUGGACUGGGAGAGACAUUUGAACCUUGCUCUCUCUUUGCUCCGUUUUUAACCCCCUCGGUGUGUUUGAAGCGAGACAACGUACAGGAAGACAAAUCUUUGGUUCUUUUUCCCCCCCUUCCCCUUUCUCCGUGGCUGUGUAGCAGAAGAAAGGGGGAAGGAGAGACUUUUUGUUGUUGUUUCUUUGGCUGGGGUCUCCACCCUCCUGCUGCUUUCUCUGCGCUGUGGUUAUCAUUCCUUGCGGCGUGUGGUGGGGGUGUCUUCUCCGGGGCCGGCCGGUCUUUUGCCCCGGGCUCCAUGGCUGGAUUGUGGAAACUGCACUCGGCUGCAGGUUGUUGAGCAACUGAUGGGACGAUCUCAGGGACCGGCGGUUACGAAAGGAAUGUUUAAAUGUUCAGUAAAUUGGAGGAAAAGAACAUGGGCUUUUAGCUACUGAAGAGAAAAUUAAGGAUUCAAAUUUGGGAUACUGGUGUUUCUGUUUUUGAGGAUUUUUUUUUUUUUUUUUUGAGGGAAAGUUGUGUUUUUUUUUUUUUUUUUUUUUUUUUUUAAAUCAUCGGUCUUGGAAUACAGAAGAGGAACCAGAAAUACGCUCAUUUUGUUUCACGCUGGGAACACUCAGUUUUGAGGCACUCACGCCCGAGUUCACAGCCAUGUGGCCAUCACAGCUACUAGUCUUUAUGAUGCUCAUAGCACCGAUCAUUCAAGGUGGCAAGCACAGUGAGCGACAUCCAGCCCUCGCUGCCCCACUGCGACAUGCUGAGCGCAGCCCAGGAGGCGCUCUGCCACCCAGACAUCUCCUUCAGCAGCCAGCAGCCGAGCGUGCCACUGCUCAUCGUGGACAAGGGCCCCGUGGAGCUACCAGAGGAGUUCGUGGUCCAGGUGCCCAAGGAGCCCAGAGUGCAGCCCAAGCUUUCAGCCGUGCCCCAAUUCCGAUGGCUGUGGUCCGCAGAGAGCUCUCCUGUGAGAGCUACCCCAUUGAGCUCCGCUGUCCAGGAACAGAUGUCAUCAUGAUAGAAAGUGCCAACUAUGGGAGGACUGAUGACAAAAUUUGUGACUCUGACCCUGCUCAGAUGGAGAAUAUACGAUGCUAUCUGCCAGAUGCCUAUAAGAUUAUGUCCCAAAGGUGCAAUAACAGAACACAGUGCGCAGUGGUGGCAGGUCCUGAUGUUUUUCCAGACCCGUGUCCAGGAACCUAUAAAUACCUUGAAGUGCAGUAUGAAUGUGUCCCUUACAAAGUGGAACAAAAAGUUUUUCUUUGCCCUGGACUACUAAAAGGAGUAUACCAGAGUGAACAUUUGUUUGAAUCUGACCACCAGUCUGGGGCAUGGUGCAAAGACCCUCUGCAGGCUUCUGACAAGAUUUAUUAUAUGCCCUGGACUCCCUACAGAACUGAUACCCUGACUGAGUACUCAUCCAAGGAUGACUUCAUUGCUGGAAGGCCAACUACAACCUACAAGCUCCCUCACAGGGUGGAUGGCACAGGAUUUGUAGUGUAUGAUGGAGCUUUGUUUUUCAACAAAGAACGCACCAGGAACAUAGUAAAGUUUGAUUUGCGGACUAGGAUAAAGAGUGGAGAGGCUAUCAUAGCAAAUGCCAAUUACCAUGAUACCUCUCCUUACCGAUGGGGAGGCAAAUCUGACAUAGACCUGGCAGUGGAUGAAAAUGGGCUCUGGGUGAUCUAUGCAACAGAACAAAACAAUGGUAAAAUUGUCAUUAGUCAAUUGAACCCUUAUACUCUACGGAUUGAAGGGACAUGGGAUACUGCAUAUGAUAAAAGAUCAGCUUCCAACGCAUUUAUGAUUUGCGGGAUUCUGUAUGUGGUCAAAUCUGUAUAUGAGGAUGAUGACAAUGAGGCCACAGGGAAUAAGAUUGACUACAUUUAUAACACUGACCAAAGUAAGGAUAGUUUGGUGGAUGUACCAUUUCCCAAUUCAUACCAGUACAUAGCGGCUGUGGAUUACAACCCCAGGGACAACCUUCUUUAUGUUUGGAACAACUAUCACGUCGUGAAAUACUCUUUGGAUUUUGGACCUCUGGAUAGUCGAUCAGGGCAGGCACAUCAUGGGCAGGUGUCAUACAUCUCUCCUCCAAUUCACCUGGACUCUGAGCUAGAAAGACCCCCUGUGAGAGAAAUCUCUACCACAGGACCUCUUGGUAUGGGAAGUACCACCACCAGUACCACCCUGCGGACCACGACUUGGAGCCCAGGCAGGAGUACUACCCCAUCAGUGUCAGGAAGAAGAAACCGGAGUACCAGCACCCCAUCUCCAGCUGUGGAGGUGCUUGACGACAUUACCACACAUCUGCCAUCAGCAGCGUCCCAAAUCCCAGCCCUGGAAGAGAGCUGUGAAGCCGUGGAAGCCCGAGAAAUCAUGUGGUUUAAGACCCGUCAAGGACAGAUGGCAAAGCAGCCGUGCCCUGCAGGAACUAUAGGAGUGUCAACAUAUCUAUGCCUGGCUCCUGAUGGAAUCUGGGAUCCCCAAGGACCGGAUCUUAGCAACUGUUCUUCUCCUUGGGUCAACCAAAUAACACAAAAGUUGAAAUCUGGAGAGACAGCUGCCAACAUAGCUAGAGAGCUGGCUGAACAAACAAGAAAUCAUUUGAAUGCUGGAGACAUCACCUACUCAGUCCGUGCCAUGGACCAGCUGGUAGGGCUCCUAGAUGUACAACUCCGGAACUUGACCCCAGGUGGAAAAGAUAGUGCUGCACGGAGUUUGAACAAGCUUCAGAAAAGAGAGCGCUCUUGCAGAGCCUAUGUCCAGGCAAUGGUCGAGACAGUUAACAACCUCCUCCAGCCACAAGCCUCAAAUGCAUGGAGAGACCUGACUACAAGUGAUCAACUACGUGCAGCGACCAUGUUGCUUGACACUGUGGAGGAAAGCGCUUUUGUGCUGGCUGAUAACCUUUUGAAGACUGACAUUGUCAGGGAGAACACAGACAAUAUUCAAUUGGAAGUGGCAAGGCUGAGCACAGAAGGAAACUUAGAAGACCUAAAAUUUCCAGAAAACAUGGGUCAUGGAAGCACUAUCCAGCUUUCCGCAAAUACUCUGAAACAAAAUGGUCGAAACGGAGAAAUUAGAGUGGCCUUUGUCCUGUAUAACAACUUGGGUCCUUAUUUGUCCACGGAGAAUGCCAGCAUGAAGUUGGGAACAGAGGCUAUGUCCACCAAUCAUUCUGUUAUUGUCAAUUCCCCUGUUAUUACAGCAGCAAUAAACAAAGAGUUCAGCAAUAAAGUUUAUUUAGCUGAUCCUGUGGUGUUCACUGUUAAACAUAUUAAGCAGUCCGAGGAGAAUUUCAACCCUAACUGUUCAUUUUGGAGCUAUUCCAAGCGCACAAUGACAGGUUACUGGUCAACACAAGGCUGUCGGCUCCUAACAACAAAUAAGACACAUACUACAUGCUCUUGUAACCACUUAACCAAUUUUGCAGUACUGAUGGCACAUGUGGAAGUUAAGCACAGUGAUGCGGUCCAUGACCUUCUUCUGGAUGUGAUCACGUGGGUUGGAAUUUUGCUGUCCCUUGUUUGUCUCCUGAUUUGCAUCUUCACAUUUUGCUUUUUCCGUGGGCUCCAGAGUGACCGUAACACCAUCCACAAGAACCUCUGCAUCAGCCUUUUUGUAGCUGAACUGCUCUUCCUGAUUGGGAUCAACCGAACGGACCAACCAAUUGCCUGUGCAGUUUUUGCUGCCCUACUACAUUUCUUCUUCUUGGCGGCCUUCACCUGGAUGUUCCUGGAGGGAGUGCAACUCUAUAUCAUGCUGGUGGAGGUUUUUGAGAGUGAGCAUUCACGGAGGAAAUACUUUUACCUGGUUGGCUAUGGGAUGCCUGCGCUCAUAGUGGCUGUGUCCGCGGCGGUAGACUACAGGAGUUAUGGAACAGAUAAAGUAUGUUGGCUCCGACUUGACACCUACUUCAUUUGGAGCUUUAUAGGACCAGCGACCUUGAUAAUUAUGCUUAAUGUAAUCUUCCUUGGGAUUGCUUUAUAUAAAAUGUUUCAUCAUACUGCCAUUCUGAAACCUGAAUCGGGCUGCCUUGAUAAUAUCAACUAUGAGGAUAACAGACCCUUCAUCAAGUCAUGGGUUAUAGGUGCAAUAGCUCUUCUCUGCCUGUUAGGAUUGACCUGGGCCUUUGGACUCAUGUAUAUUAAUGAAAGCACAGUCAUCAUGGCGUAUCUCUUCACCAUUUUCAAUUCUCUACAGGGAAUGUUUAUAUUCAUUUUCCAUUGUGUCCUACAAAAGAAGGUACGAAAAGAGUAUGGGAAAUGCCUGCGGACGCAUUGUUGUAGUGGCAAAAGUACAGAGAGUUCCAUUGGCUCAGGGAAAACAUCUGGUUCUCGAACUCCUGGACGCUACUCCACGGGCUCACAGAGCCGAAUUCGUAGAAUGUGGAAUGACACGGUCCGAAAGCAGUCGGAGUCUUCCUUCAUUACUGGAGACAUAAACAGUUCAGCGUCACUCAACAGAGAGGGGCUUCUGAACAAUGCCAGGGAUACAAGUGUCAUGGAUACUCUACCACUGAAUGGUAACCAUGGCAAUAGUUACAGCAUUGCCAGUGGCGAAUACCUGAGCAACUGUGUGCAAAUCAUAGACCGUGGCUAUAACCACAAUGAGACCGCCCUAGAGAAAAAGAUUCUGAAGGAACUCACUUCCAACUAUAUCCCGUCUUACCUGAACAACCACGAGCGCUCCAGUGAACAGAACAGGAAUCUGAUGAACAAGCUGGUGAAUAACCUUGGCAGUGGGAGUGAAGAUGAUGCCAUUGUCCUGGAUGACGCCACCUCCUUCAACCACGAGGAGAGUUUGGGCCUGGAACUCAUUCAUGAGGAAUCUGAUGCUCCUUUGCUUCCCCCAAGAGUCUACUCCACAGAGAACCACCAGCCACACCAUUACACCAGAAGGCGGCUCCCCCAAGACCACAGUGAGAGUUUUUUCCCUUUGCUAACCAACGAGCACACAGAAGAUCUCCAGUCACCCCAUAGGGACUCUCUGUACACCAGCAUGCCAGCACUGGCUGGUGUGCCUGCCACAGAGAGCGUUACCACCAGCACCCAGACCGAACCCCCACCGGCCAAAUGUGGUGAUGCCGAAGAUGUUUACUACAAAAGCAUGCCAAACCUAGGCUCCAGAAACCACGUCCAUCAGCUGCACACCUACUAUCAGCUAGGUCGCGGUAGCAGUGAUGGAUUUAUAGUUCCUCCAAACAAAGAUGGGACCCCUCCAGAGGGAAGUUCAAAAGGACCAGCUCAUUUGGUCACUAGUCUAUAGAAGAUGACACAGAAAUUGAAACCAACAAAACUGCUAACACCUGGUUGACUGUUCUGAAUUGAUAUAAGCAGUGGUAAUAAUGUGUGUACUCCUAAAUCUUUAUGCUGUUCUUGAAAGACAAACACAAACUUUCAGACUUUUUUUUUUUUUAACUGGGAUUUUUAGGUCAGCCCAGGGGAGAAAGAUAACUGCUGAAAUUCCCCUGUGCCCUCUCCUUUCUUGUCUUUUCCCCCUCAGAUGGAGACUUCAUUAUGUUAAUGAACGAGAUAUGAAGAAAAUGGCGCUCAUUGUGGCCUUGUUGAAUUAUGUUGUGUUUGUUCUAACAUCUCUGAUGCUCUGUUACUAUAAUUACAAGGACCUGAUUUUUAAAAGGCCAGAACAUUUGUUUGACAUUAGUAACAAUGCUGCAUCUAGAUUGGAGUGCUGCACAAACAAACAUAAAAACAAAGCAAAACUGUAUCACAUAGUGGUUUUUAGUCACUCACAACCUGAAUUCACCACAGUGGGAAUAGCUGUGGAAUACAAAAUAAAACAACAAAUUAAUAAUGAAAUGGAGGGGAAUUCUAGAAUUAUAUGCUAAAUGCAUAUUUUAUGAUUUGCUGUAUUAACUGAUGAUAAAACUAAUGGCAGAAAAAAAUUGAACAAUUUCUAUGUAAUGUACAGAUACUAGCAUUGCACAUAUAGUCAGCUUUCUGUUCCUCCAGAAUUUGAGUCCUGUUAAUGUAGUGGAAAAAAAGAGAUAUUUUUUCUUUUUCUUUCGUGCUGGUCUUGCAAGUUUGUCUGCCAGUAAGAGAGCAAAGUUUCCUUCCUUCCUUCUUUUCUUUCUUCCUUCAUUUUCUUUGCUUUUU